AGGAGAAGAGGAGGUGAAAGCGUUUUCCCUUAGCCUAUCAGACGUCGGGAAGGCCAUGGACUUGGUGGCUGCGCAUGAGAUGGCGGAUCCGGAUGCCAUCGCCCCGAGACGGGGAGAUUGGAGCUGGUAUAUCGCCUUCCGGACGGAAGGAGGAACCCCGCGUCCGCGCAGGCGCAAUCUGUGAGUCGGCCUUUUUUUGGGGACGGCUCAAGCAGGGUUCCCAAAGGCGGUACAAGACGGUAGACAGGAAGUGCCGCCCGGUUCCCGUCCUCGUUACGGAAGACGAGGAAGCAUACUAUGAGAGGGAACGAGGGUUGAUACGGCGAAUGAGGGAGAGUGCUCUAGCAGGGCCAUGUCGUAUCAACGAAGGGAAUGAGGGGAAAUUGAUCAUAGGGGAGCCCGACUUCCUGCUGCCUCAGGGGCAGACAUUAAUGGUGGAGUUGAUGAAGAGGAGGCAUCGCGCCUAUGCGUUUAGUGACGAGGAGCGUGACAGGCUGGAUGUGGACAAAAUACCUAUGAUCUGCAUCCAUACCGUGCCACACGAGCCUUGGAACAUGGGACGGGCGCGAUAUCCUAAUCCCGACGAGGAAAAGAAGGUGGUGGAUUACCUCGACGGCAAGAUACGCACGCACGUCGCCGACUAUUCGACCGAACCGUAUGCAUCCUCGUGGUUCUGCUUCAUCAAGCCUAACGGGACGCUGCGGUGGGUGCAAGACCUGCAGAGGUUAAAUGCGGUGACCGUGCGGGAUGCUCGAGGACAUCCAAAUGCGGACGCUUUGUCAAAAUCCUGUGCAGGAAGGCCUCUAAUCUCACUUAUAGACCUUUACUCAGGAUAUGAUCAGUUUCCGGUCUAUCCGCCGGACAGGCCGGUAACGGCUAUGCACACGCCGCGAGAACUAAUCCACAUGAACGUGGCCCCGCAAGGGUGGACCAACGUGGUAGCGAUGGUCCAGCGAGCCAUGAUUCGGGCUAUGCAGUCAGUCAGCCCCCAUAUCACACAACCAUACAUCGACGAUUUGGCAGUGAAGGGGCCGGCAGUGAAGGAAAGCGACGAAGUCUCGCCAUGGGAAGGGGAGACAGUGGAGAAUACGCCCCCGGUUGAUGAAUUUCUGGAUCAGAAGGAAGAUGUUCGUCUCCACAUCAACAAGUGGUCGCCGCGAGUGCCCAGCUGUGUAGGCUAUCCUAUCUGGCGAGCGCCGAGUGGGUACGAACGGAGGGCUGAGCUAGUCCUCAAACCCUUUGAAGAGGAGGACCCCUGGGGUGGUAAGGAUGUUCAGUGGAUGAUGGAGUUGGCGCUGGCCAGCUCGCAUAGUCUGGUGGAGGACAUGAGGACGAUCGAGGAAGGACCUGGCCACGUAGAACGGCAUGAGGACCUGAUGGGAGGAAUGUAUCUCCUCGUCAACACGUUAUUGCAGAAAAGCCUUGGCCAGUCAGACUCGUUGAACCCGACAGGGAAUGUGGAUGAAGUGCCUGAGAGCCAGGGCGACGAGUUCGAGGAGGGGGAGAUUAAGGAGGUCUUUCGUGCAGAGGAGUAUGACGGGAUCUACCUAGAGUUGGGGCUUCUUUUGUCUUGCGAGAUGCGGCUAAGGGAUGCGAGCGAUAGGGCUCAGAGGAUGCUGCAACGCUACUUAGUGCGAGACGGCCACCUUUUCGUGAGAAGGGAAGUGGGGAAUCCCAGGAGAGUCGUCUGCGGUAGGAACCGUCAGAUUGACGGCAUAGCAGCGCUUCACGAUGGCAUUGCAGGAGGGCAUCGGGGGGUACAAGCCAUGUAUGCCAAAAUAAGUGAGCUGUACUACUGGGAUGGGAUGAUGGACAUGAUCGGGAAGUUCUGCCGAUCUUGCGUACCCUGCCAGGAGAGAUCUCGUUUGAGGCAAGGAGAGUCGUUACAUCCAAGGUUAGAACGAGAGGUGGGGGCUGUAGUGCAUCUCGAUCUACUUUUCAUGCCGCUUGGGGAUCAGGGCUAUAAUUACAUCUUCGAUGCGCGCGAUAACCUAUCUGGCUUUGUGGACGGGCGUACUAUUCGUACGAAGACUGGGCUAACCUUGGUUAGCUGCAUUGAGGAGUACUACCUGCGUUAUCCUUUCGUCAGGGAAUUCGUAAUGGACAGGGGAUCGGAGUUUACCUGCCAGGAGGUGCAAGAGCUGCUAUCUAGGUCUGACUUUACGAAGACAGCCAUGCCAAGAGGAAGGAAGGGGACACGGUCGCCUCGGAGACCGUUGGGGGCAUCAGGAGGAUACGAGCGGCAUGGACCUCGCCAUCGAGAGAGCACUCUGGAGUACGAUGGUGACGACAUCGAGUUAUUCCUGGACAGUUUCUGGGAACAUUCGCGGCGUAUGGGUUGGACCGUGACCCAGGAGAUUGAGAGGUUGAGGGGAGUCGGUAGAUUCGAGGAGCCCGUCGCGCGGAUCCGUAGGGAGGCGACGAUGAGGUCAGAGGUGGAGUUGAGGAUGCACGAGCUACGACCCUCUCCUGUGGGAUUUGAUGGCAGGCCGAUCCGCCUGGAGAUCGGGAAUGCGUCGGACUUCAUCCCCGCUUUCGAGUGGUUCAUGCAGGGGCAAGGUAUACCAAGAGACGAUUGGAUGCAGACUCUACCAAGGUAUACCGAAAGACGAUUGGAUGCAGACUCUACCACUCUGGACCAGGGAGGCGGAGAGACCACUGGUUAGGCAGGUCAAAGACAUGGCUCGAGACUGGUAGAGCUGCAAGGCACAUCUGAG